AUGGAGGGGAGUGAGACGCUAGGGAUAGGUGUGAGUGGAGGGGGGAGUGGAGACGCCAAGGGGGACAGGAGUGGAGGGGGAGUGGAGACCCCAGGGGACAGUCAUCCCGCUGUCACCUACGGGGCCGUCACUGUCAUGCAGGUGGUGGGCCAUAAGGAGGGCCUGGAUGUGAUGGAGCGGGCAGACCCCCUGUUCCUGCUUAUCGGCCUGCCCACCAUCCCCGUCAUGCUGAUCCUGGGGAAGAUGAUCCGCUGGGAGGACUACGUGCUGCGCUUCUGGAGGAAGUACUCCAACAAGCUGCAGAUCCUCAACAGCAUCUUCCCAGGGAUUGGGUGUCCAGUGCCUCGUAUCCCGGCAGAGGCCAGCCCCCUGGCGGACCACGUGUCAGCCACCAGGAUCCUGUGUGGCGCCCUGGUCUUUCCCACCAUCGCCACCAUCGUUGGCAAACUCAUGUUCAGCAGCGUCAACUCCAACCUGCAGAGGACCAUCCUGGGUGGGAUCGCGUUUGUGGCCGUCAAGGGAGCGUUUAAGGUGUACUUCAAACAGCAGCAGUACCAGAGGCAAGCCCACCGCAAGAUCCUCAACUUCCCAGAGGCAGAGGAGGCCUGAGAAGGCCCUGGACAGGCACACUGACACACAGGGGGAGUGGAUGGAGAAGAACAGUGAACUCUGAGCAGGAACACUGUCGGACAGACAGAUUGACGGACACGGGGAUCAUUGGCGCCCCCUACCUCUUAUACCCCUCCGAGCAGCCUCGCCUCACAUGUUUCUGCUCUCUGUGGAGUCGUUGUCCUAUGCUGCUGACAUUCAUGCUGUAUGACUAUCGCCAUAAUCUAUUGCGUUUUUAAAACUUUAACACACGUACACUAAUACAGACAUGCGUGCAGGCAGAGACACAUGCUCAUGCAUAUUGCACACAGGAAUGUGACUUGUGUUUUUGUGACUGCUGUGUUGCAGUAGCGAGUUUGGAGUAUUAUAUUAUUUAUUUUUUUACAUAACCAGUGCUUGUUGUAUUUUCAGAAGAUAAAUCUGGGACACGUGUAAUUAUUAGGCAGGAAAGUUUUAUAAAUCAUUUUUGAAAUUUUGUUUGCAAAUGUGAGGGGUUUAAUGAGGAAUAUUGUUUUCCUGUAUUGCAUGUGUUUUAAGAGAUAAAUAAGACUAAAGUAUCUUUAUCACUAAGAGAUUAUUAUUUGAAGGAAGGAAGAUCAUCUUACCUGCUCCCUUCAGACAUUGUUGCCACUCAUGUUUCCAUUGGUAAAUAUCCCCAGGCUUGUGACUGAAAAUACAUGGUCAUCAUCAUUAAUCUCCUAUUUAGAAGCACAGUACAAACCUCGUAACAAAGUGUGAUUGUCUGUACAUACAGUAGUUGCAGAAUAAGUGAAGUAUUGGAUGACAUUUUUUAGGGUGUGUUUUUACUCCUAUGCCUUGAAGUGUUCGCAUUCAUUGUUUGUAGAUGAUUUUGUUUAAUUGUUGGUACUUAACCCUAAUUGCUCCUGUAAGUCGCUCUGGAUAAGAGCGUCUGCUAAAUGACUAAA